AUGUACCCCCCUUCACUCAUAAUAACCUGAAGCUUGAUCGUUGUUUUUUUCCUCUUGGCGUAUCCCGUAAUUACCAGUCUAGCCCUUGACCCUAUAAAAUCGGACUGAGCUGUCACACACGUAAAACCCGCGGUUAAGGCAGCAUUCUUUUUUAGCCUAUUCCCCCUCUUUCUAUUCCUGAACGAAGGCGCAGAAGCGGUCAUCUCUUCAUGAAGCUGAACAAACACAAUAACCUUCGACGUUAAUAUCAGCCUUAAAUUUGACUUUUACUCCGUAAUUUUUUUACCAGUGGCCCUAUACGUAACCUGGUCCAUCCUCGAAUUCGCAGCUUGGUACAUGCACGACGACCCCAAUAUAAACCGAUUUUUUAAGUAUCUCCUAAUUUUCCUUAUCGCAAUAGUUGUACUAGUAACAGCGAAUAACCUCUUUCAAUUUUUUAUUGGUUGAGAAGGGGUCGGCAUUAUAUCCUUCCUUCUUAUCGGCUGAUGGUUCGGGCGGGCAGAUGCAAACACAGCAGCUCUUCAGGCGGUUAUUUACAACCGAAUCGGGGACAUUGGACUGAUUUUUGCAAUAGCUUGAAUCGCCACAAAUCUUAACUCUUGAGAAAUACAGCAAGUGUUUGUCGCGGCAAAAGGGUUUGACCUAACCCCUCCUGUCAUCGGACUAAUUAUUGCUGCUACUGGAAAGUCCGCUCAGUUCGGCCUCCACCCUUGACUUCCCUCUGCUAUAGAGGGCCCAACGCCGGUAUCUGCCCUACUACACUCAAGCACUAUGGUCGUCGCGGGAAUUUUUUUGUUAAUCCGAAUAAGCCCACUACUUGAGAAUAACCCCGCUGCCCUAACUAUUUGUUUAUGCCUAGGAGCACUAACAGCACUAUUCACAGCCACAUGUGCCCUAACCCAAAAUGACAUCAAGAAAAUUAUUGCCUUCUCUACAUCAAGUCAGCUAGGCUUAAUGAUAGUCACCAUCGGCCUAAAUCAACCACAACUUGCUUUUAUACACAUCUGCACCCACGCAUUCUUUAAAGCCAUGCUCUUUUUAUGUUCCGGCUCUAUUAUUCAUUCUCUUGGCGGGGAGCAAGACAUCCGAAAAAUAGCAGCCCUCCAUCGCCAAACCCCUUGAACUUCCACCUGCUUUACUAUUGGCACCUUAGCUCUUACAGGCACCCCCUUCCUUGCCGGUUUCUUCUCAAAAGAUGCCAUCAUUGAAGCAUUAAACACCUCCCAUCUAAACGCCUGAGCCCUUAUCCUUACCCUGCUUGCUACUGCCUUUACAGCCAUUUAUAGCAUGCGUCUAAUCUUCUUUGUAGUCAUGGCCCACCCCAUGUCCCCAGCUAUCUCCCCUAUCGAGGAGUCCUACCCCGAGGUUAUCAACUCCCUCAAACGGCUUGCCUGAGGAAGCAUCGUCGCCGGGUUUUUAAUUACCCUUAACACCCUGCCCCUGAAAACCCCCGUAAUGUCGAUGCCCCCCAUACUGAAACUAGCCGCCCUCGUGGUCACAAUCUUGGGCCUUCUCCUGGCACUCUGAUUCACCUCCCUUUCUCUCCCCGGGCCUCAAACAACCUCCCUCCCCACCCCUCAUCACUUCUCCAACAUGCUCGGAUUUUUCCCCAGUGUUAUUCAUCGACUUCCUCCAAAACUAGCCCUAAUCUUAGGCCAUACGGCCGCCAAUCAAAUGAUUGACCAGACCUGGCUAGAAAAAGUUGGUCCGAAGGCCACAGCCACGCUAAAUAUGCCCCUGAUUACAACCACAAGCAACGCCCAACAAGGCCUAGUGAAAACUCACCUCCUUUUCUUUUUCCUUACCCUUGCCGUCGUAACCUUAACACUCAUCUUUUAA